CUGCCUCCCCAGGCGGCUCCCAACUACUCCAGCACCUCCACAGUCCCCACUUCGCGCCGCUCCACUCUCAGCCAGACGUUCUGACCGACAGACUCGCGAGUUGGCAUCUUUGCGCCUGAGGGUGUCGCAAGCCGAGGCGGCGAGGACAGGGCGCCUCUGGCCCAGCCUGCCGGGCGGUAUGCAGCGCAGGCAACAGCGCUAAGCGCCCCCACUCUGGACACGGGGCGUACUCGCUCCUGGCGGCGAGCCGAGCCGCGGCGGCGGAGGGCAUGCGCCCGGGACGCGCAACGCUCCUGCCGCGAGCUACCGCCCCGAGGUGGACCCCGAGCGGGGCUCAUCGCAGGACUGCGCGGACCCCUGCCACCCGGGGCACGCGGCUGCGGAGCCUCGGGGCCGCAUCUGCGGUCAGGAUGCCCUGGGUGCCUCUCUGCUGGUGAGGAUGCUCUGCUGCGCGGCUCUGCAUCCCCAGCCCCGGUCCCUGGUGGGCACGACUGAGUGGGCCCGACUUCGGCCCCUCGUGCUGGUGGAUGAAAAGCGCCGGAGUCCCUGAGUACGAUCAGCGGUCGAACCUGAAUUUUAAGAGCCAUGGACGAAGGCACUGGGCUGCAGCCCCCGGCGGGAGAGCAGCUAGAAGCACAAGCCACAGUAGGAGCUGUCCACGAGAAGUGCGACCCAGAGACCUUUAGGUCCAAGAGUUUACCGGUCCUGAAUAGCGCCUCCUGCCGGCCAGACCUCAGUCCUGCGAAUGCAGGAGCCAAGCCAGCCACGGGCUGUACAGAUUCUUUGGGCCAUCAGGUGAAGCCAGGCCCAAGACGACUGGCCCCCAGUCCCUCAGCUCCUUCCACUUCCGGAGAGAUGGCAGGGCUCAUGGAUUGUAACCACAGGGUGGAAGUCAGCAAAGCUGUGUCGGUGUCCUCCACUUUGGCCACGCUCCAGGGAAGAAGGUGCCUCUAUGUGGUCCUCACUGAUUCCCGUUGCUUCCUGGUUUGCAUGUGCUUUCUGACCUUCAUCCAGGCGUUAAUGGUGUCUGGGUACCUGAGCAGUGUCAUCACCACCAUCGAAAGGCGUUACAGUCUGAAGAGUUCUGAGUCGGGGCUGCUGGUCAGCUGCUUUGACAUUGGGAGCCUGGUGGUGGUGGUGUUCGUCAGCUACUUUGGCGGCCGGGGUCGGAGGCCCCUGUGGCUGGCCGUGGGUGGACUUUUCAUUGCCGUGGGGGCUGCUCUCUUUGCUUUACCUCACUUCAUCUCGCCUCCCUACCAGAUCCAAGAGUUGAAUGCCUCGGCUUCAAACGAUGGCCUGUGUCAGAAUGGCAACUCCACGGCGCCUUCGGACCCUCCCGCCUGCCUGAAGGACUCAGGAGGAAAUAAUCAUUGGGUCUAUGUGGCUUUAUUCAUUUGUGCACAGAUUCUCAUUGGGAUGGGUUCCACACCUAUUUAUACCUUGGGACCAACCUACUUAGAUGACAAUGUCAAGAAAGAAAACGCAUCCUUGUACCUAGCCAUCAUGUAUGUCAUGGGAGCGCUUGGUCCUGCAGUGGGAUAUUUACUAGGUGGACUUCUUAUUGGUUUUUAUGUCGAUCCCAGAAAUCCUGUUAACCUUGACCAGAAUGACCCUCGUUUCAUUGGAAACUGGUGGAGUGGAUUCCUCCUUUGCGCCAUUGCAAUGUUUCUUGUGAUAUUCCCAAUGUUUACUUUUCCAAAAAAGCUUCCUCCUCGACACAAGAAAAAGAAAAAGAAAAAAUUUUCUGCUGAUGUUGUUAGUGAUGAUGACGUUAUGAAGGAGAAAUCAAACAAUAGUGAACAAGUGGACAAAAAAGUUUCUUCUAUGGGAUUUGGAAAGAAUGUCAGAGACCUACCAAGAGCAGCUGUCAGGAUCUUAAGCAACAUGACAUUCCUUUUUGUGAGUUUGUCAUACACAGCUGAGAGUGCCAUUGUAACUGCUUUCAUUACCUUCAUUCCCAAGUUCAUCGAGUCCCAGUUUGGUAUCCCAGCUUCCAAUGCCAGCAUCUACACUGGUGUAAUUAUUGUCCCCAGUGCUGGUGUUGGCAUUGUCCUGGGAGGCUACAUUAUAAAGAAAUUGAAACUUGGUGCAAGAGAAUCUGCUAAACUUGCCAUGAUCUGCAGUGGUGUGUCUUUACUGUGUUUUUCAACCCUAUUUAUUGUUGGGUGUGAAAGUAUUAAUCUAGGAGGCAUAAACAUCCCGUAUACAACAGGACCUUCUCUCACCAUGCCUCACAGGAACCUGACAGGAAGCUGCAAUGUUAAUUGUGGUUGUAAGAUACACGAGUAUGAGCCAGUCUGCGGAUCAGAUGGAAUUACAUACUUUAACCCUUGUCUGGCUGGCUGUGUUAACAGUGGUAAUCUUAGUACUGGGAUAAGGAAUUACACAGAAUGCACCUGUGUCCAAAGCCGGCAAGUGAUCACUCCACCCACGGUGGGACAGCGCGGUCAGCUCCGUGUGGUUAUUGUCAAAACCUAUCUCAACGAGAACGGCUAUGCUGUGUCCGGGAAGUGCAAACGAGCCUGCAAUACCCUUAUCCCGUUCUUAAUUUUUCUCUUCAUUGUCACCUUCAUCACAGCAUGUGCCCAACCAUCAGCCAUCAUAGUGACACUCAGGUCAGUAGAAGAUGAGGAGAGACCUUUUGCGCUGGGAAUGCAGUUUGUUUUACUGCGAACACUUGCAUACAUUCCUACGCCAAUUUACUUCGGGGCGGUCAUCGACACCACGUGCAUGCUCUGGCAACAGGAAUGUGGAGUGCAAGGCUCUUGCUGGGAGUACAACGUGACAUCGUUCCGUUUUGUCUAUUUCGGUUUGGCGGCUGGCCUCAAAUUUGUCGGCUUUAUUUUCAUUUUCCUGGCCUGGUACUCCAUUAAGUACAAGGAGGAUGAGCUGCAGAGGCGACGGUGGAGAGAAUUCCCUUUGAGCACUGUGAGCGAGGUGGUGGGUCACACGGACCACGCCGAGAAGUAUGCCCGGACUAGAUCGUGCCCGGCUUUCAGCAGCCAGGGGGACUUCCGCGAAGAGACGGGUCUGCAGAAAGGGAUCCAGUACACAGCACAGACCUAUCCGGGGCCCUUCCCCGAAGCAAUAAGCUCCUCCCCGGACCCGGGGCUGGAAGAGAGCCCUACUGCCAUGUAGCCUCCCUCCUGAAGCUUGAAAACGGAAGACUUUAGUUUUGUUGGUUGAGUUGAAUAUGGCAACUUGAGAAACACCCGUGCCUUCUUUUCUUUCUUUCUUUUUUUAACCUCUAAAGACGCAAUCCUCAAACCAACAAAAGUCAGUAUACACAGCCACUAUUGAGUGAGGGCUGGAUACCUCAACAAGACUGAGAGCCUUUACCCCCUUCCCUCCAAGAAGGAGGAGUUCAGACAGAUUUGUUACCAUUUCCGCUACGUGAAUUUCAUGCUCCUGCUCCAGGGUUGCAUAAGGCUGAGAGGCGCCUGGUUAAUGAAAUCUUGGGAAGUGUAUUGGCAGUACAUAUCAUUAGCAUACACUCCAGACAAAGGUGAGCUUGACCAUGACUUUGCAUUUACAAAUCAGUUUUUAGAUAUGAACACCUACUGUGAGUUCCGCUACAAAGCACAAACGAAUUUGCCUCAACUAUGCAAUUUUGAUUGGGAAAAUGUAAGUGCAGCAUGUUAUUUUUUCUUUCAAGAGACUAAAGCAGAUACAUUUUUGAAAAGAGGACUAUAAACCUUCCCUAAAGUACUGUUAAUAGCAUUUUAAGCCAUAGCAGAGUUAUAAAUCAGGUAGAAUUUUUCAAAUGCUUCAAAGGAAUCAUAUGCAUAUUGUGAUAAAAGGAACAGCUACUUUAUUUCAUAAGACACUUUCUUUUUUUAGUCUGUCUGCCCCAUCAUAAGGUAAAGAGUCUGCUGAAUCAUAAAUCUGAUAGCCUGAAUAUAAACUCCGGUAUUCUUUUGCCAGGGGCUUUAAAACUAAUGUGCUAAACAGUAUGGCUGGAACCUGAUUUGAGAUGCAUCAUGAGGAGAGAAACUGAUGGCUUUCUCAUCCAAAGAAAAAUGCUGUAGAAAUUCUUUUAGCUCUUGGCCCACACAAGGGUAGCUAAGAAUUGUAACCUUGACACUCAAAAUAGUUGGAAAAAGAAAUUCCAUAGAGGUAAGAUUGAGUCCCAUCUGACCAUUUUAGUGUAUAACCCCAGCGAAACCCUAGCAAAUCAUUUUCUUUCUUAUGUACAUAAAAUUGCUGUGGUUGCCCCCUGAAGUUGAGUAAUUAAAUCAGGAAAGCUCAUACCUGUGAUAAGAAAAUCACUCUGAAUACAGGAGGAAGGGGAUCUGUGAGCUGUGAGAGUAUGAUCCUAAGUCAGGACUGAAAAUUAUUUAAAAUCAACUCAUCUGUCAUACUGAAUUCCCUUUUAUCAGAGCUAGAACGAUUUUACAUCUCUCUUUGAUUCUUUCCUCCUAUUAACCUUCCCGAAGUGAUUCUUCGAGAGGAUUUCUCUGUUCCUAAAUGCACUUUGCGCUCAUUAUCCAUCAUCCUUUUCAGUUCUUCCCAGCACAACACUUUGACUUAGGUACCACACAGAAUGCUUUCUACAUGGUUCUUAAGGUAGAUCCUUCCCGACAUUACUCUGGACUGAUAGCAAGUUAACUCAGGGGUCUCCGCCGCUCAGAAAAAGAAUCCUGACAACCCGGACAUAGGAGGGACGUGGAAGGUCCAAAUACCAGUAUAAUUGUGAACAGUUUCUGCCAAGGAGGCUAUGAUUAUGUAGGGGCUAAUUUAGGAACUGAUUUCCUUGGCUGGCUUACACUCUUCCGUAGAGGGGAAGUGAGUGACAGAACUGUCCCGUGAUUCAGGCUUUCUGCCCUUCAUCCUUGGAGGCGCUGGUGGAGUUGCAUGAGCAUUCCUGGGUUCAAGGUCAUUUUCCUCUCCACCUAAGAACGGUGUUGUCAAAUGGUUCUUUUGGUGGCAUGUGGUUUGUGGGUUAUCACUGUUAGACUGAAUAAUGUCUGGUAGGGGUGGUCUCAGGUGACAAGGACUUCCCUCGAAAUGGUCUCAUUUGGCUGAGUUAUAAGUCUGCUGUUGCCUGAAAUUACACUAGUGUCUGUCCAACUUGUCUCUACGUGGUAUAUACAGAGAACAUUGUUGAUUCACUUAGUGUCUACUCUGGUGCCUCAGGGUUCCCUUUUACUCUCUAUGGGAGAUCUUUGAUCUUUUAGGUCUGUUAGAAAGUUUCCUUUUGUGUUGGAGCUGAAGAUAUACAGGUUGGGGAAAGGUGGUAUUUGCAAAAGAACUGCAUCGGGAGAAUUUGGAUGGAAUUAGCACCUUUUUUUUUUAAAGCUAAGAUUGUAAUGUUCCAACACUCUUAGGAUCUGUCUCUUCCUGGUAGUGUAUAUAUUUUUUUAAAGAUUUUAUUUAUUUAUUUGACAGACAGAGAUCACAAGUAGGUAGAGAGAGAGGGGAAAGCAGGCUCCCUGCUGAGCAGAGACCCUGAUGUGGGGCUUGAUCCCAGGACCCUGGAAUCAUGACCUGAGCUGAAGGUGGAGGUUUUAACCCACUGAGCCACCCAGGCACCCCCUAGUAGUGUAUUUUGAAAAGGAGCUGCUCUCAGAACUCCAGGGUAGGAAGUGGCAGAUUCUUUACGUAUAAUUAGACAGUCCCCUUUCUCUACUCUGAACAGUCAUCCAUCUAAUUCAGCAACCAGUGACCAAUUCUCUAUCAGGCACUAUUUCAACCAAUUACCAUCUGCUGCUCUGUGAAAUUCUUCAGGUCGACUGGCCAAAACUCAAAGAAAUUAGCCUAAAUUGUACACCACAAUUGUUAAUAUUGUACUUCCUCAAGUAUGUGAUACUUAUUUUUUUUAAAAGAUUUAUUAUUUAUUCGACAGAUCACAAGUAGGCAGAGAGGCAGGCAGAGGGAGAGGAGGAAGCAGGCUCCCUGCUGAGCAGAGAACCCAAUGCGGGGCUCGAUCCCAGGACCCUGGGAUCACGACCUGAGCAGAAGGCAGAGGCUUUAACCCACUGAGCCACCCAGGCGCCCCAAGUAUGUGAUACUUAUAAAUAGAGGGUGUAUCAUUCAUGUGUUGUUGGUUAAUGUAGAAUAAGUAGUAAAAAUCACGGAAGACUGAAGUUUUAGAAUACGUGCCAAUCAAGAAUUGUCCCCCAAAUGCUUUGGGUCCUGGUGGCAUCUUUGGAAUAUUGCAUAGUCAACUAAAGUGACUAUCUUAUAAAUGGCACCAUUUAACUGUAGAUAUGAGAUUCUCACAUGUUGGUCACUUUACAGUCACAACUCCUAUUUUAAAUUUAAUUCCCAUUUUCUAUGAACUUAGGCUUCUAUAUAUUUGUUUUGGAAAAAGGUCAUCUUGUUCUUCUUUCAGCCCUGUAGAUUAAUGUAUUAUUUGGCUUCAUAGGAAAAUAAAAUAUCCUUGAGUCUAGCCUAUUAAUUUAGAAACUCCCAGGGGGAGGGUGGGUGGUUGAAGCACAUUUUUAUCUUCAUUAGUAUGAAAUCCUCUUUUAGGUAGGUUUAAUUCUUGAAAACUUUCAAAAGUCAUUCAGAACUAAGGUCGGAGGAGAAAGGAGGAGCAGAAAAGAAACAAAUUAGCUUUUAUGGAGUGUUGAGUAUUUCAGAGAAUUUUGUCAAGUAUUUAAUAUACAUCAUUUAUUUUAAUACUGUUAAUAACUUUGCAAGAUAACUAUUUUUAUUCUUUUUUUUUUUCUUAAACAGAUCAUGAAAACAGGCUCAGAGAGGCAAAGAUAUUUGUUUAGGAUUGUACAGAGUGGCCAAGUUAGUGUUUAGAAGCAGGUUACUAUCACCAUGGCUUGCUUCUCACACUAUCAAAUGCCUACAGUGGUUUUGGUUAACAAAGGCAAGUGUGACUAUAAUUUAGUGAGGUAAAGCAUUUCAUUUUUUGGUGUGUUACUGUUCCUGAGGAGUAGAGAAAUUAUUAUUCCUUUGUGUAGAAUAGAAAAAAAUCUGUAGGAAACAUCAAAAUUUAAUGUUUAGAUUUUCAAGGUAAAUUUACACUUAUUUUAGCUAAGUGUUAUAUUCAACGUUGUCAUAACAUACCUCAAGUAUUUAUUUAUAGUUCAUAUUUAAUGUAGAACAAACCAAUUUUGAUGUUAGCAUUGGGUCUCAGUAGAAUUUCUGGAAUGAAUCAUGAGGAAAUGCGGUUCAGAUUUAUUGAGUCUGAGCUCUGGGGAUUUAAAGUGUAUGCUUUCUUGUUUGUUUCUUCCUCUUUAAGAUUGUUAACAUUUCCAUUAAUUUUUAGUGAAUAUGGGUUUUAAGUUUCCUAAAUAAAAGUUUUAAAUGAACAGAAGCAAAGUGUUCCAUGUUAAAUGAACAUAGAUUGUUACUAUUAGUAGUUGUGGUCACAGACGGGAGCAUGUACUUGGAAAUGCAGCCAUCAGAGAAGGAGGAAGUCAUAAUGGCCAUCCUGCAUUUUCACCAACUACCAAGAAGAUUCUUCCUCGGUCUGCAGUUCCAGCUUGCAUUCUUUGGUGGACUUGGAGCCAGAAAAUUUCUUUUUGGAGCCUGUUUUGCAUCAACCAAAGAGCAGCUGCAUGGUUUUUGAAUGGACCUGAAGCAUUCAUGGAAAUUCUGUAGUAUGCCCAGGAGCGGUAGGAGAGCCCGAGUCUAGGCGGGUAGCCAAUUAUACUUUAAGUGUGUGUGGACUUCAGACAUCCUCGAUGAGUCUAACUAUUGCUAUAGAGGGGCAUACGGAGUAUUCUAAGUAGCAGAUGGAUAUCAAAAUACUGUGUAAUCCCAGAAUUGCCUAGAUGGCAGGUUUGCUAGUUCUGUUCUCCAGACCAGUACGUAGCCUCUGCACGUUAUUUGUAGUUCCUGUUUCCUGGUGUGGAAAGGCGUGCCGUGACGGACAAGAGAAGGUGGUAGCCUUGUGCACUUUAUCUUUAAUGUUUUCUCUCCUCUCCUCAUCUUCCAGGAUGCUGCUGGCUAUGUCUGUCUCAGGCUUCUUGCUACAUUGGAAACAGAUCUGUAUAUGUUUGAACAGGUCCCUUCAAGCACUUCAUUUUUACUCAGCCUAAGAAAGGUCAAGUGAGAUGAAAACCCUCCUUGGGUAUUGGCUUUUGCAACAUUAAAAAAAAAAAAAAAAAAAAAAAAAGCCUUGGUGCUACACGUAUUUAAUGAUGCAUGCUCACCACAAAAAUGCACCACUGAAUUUACAGUCUCCCUGGUAAGGGACGGCAUGAGCUUUGCUUUUGGAAAUUUAGAGAAUGUCCCAGAAAACAAGCACUCAUUAUUCUCAUUACUACAGUUAGUCAAUGAACUUGACACUGCAAACAUGAAGACUCUAAGGGGGCAUACCUUUUUUUAUGGAAAACUCAGCGCUUUUCGUAUUUCUUUUAGCAAGAAUAAUCAGAUGCUACAAAUAAUAUCAGAGAGAGUGGAAAACAAUUUCACAUAAUCUUUUCUUAUUUCUUCUCCCAAAAAACUGACACCCUUGUGAGGUGUUUUUAAUAAUUGGGGUUUGGAUGGUGUUGUCUUUUUCUGGUAUUCUGUUUUAUGUUAAAAUCAGAAGAGAAACUAUCCAAAACUAAAGUAAUUGCAGGGACAUAUUAAACCAAAGGGGGUGAACAGUUUAAACUUUGUAUCUAGAAAUGAGAAAUAGGAAUAAUCGAUAAAACUUUAUAGUGGGCAUUUUUCUUAAAAUACAUACCUCUCCCCCAAACCCCAAAUGUUAAUUUAGAAGCACGGAAUAGGCAGAUCCGCCCUAACUUUUCAGUUAAAGGAGAUGUAAUACUGUGUCAAAUAAACUGGCAUUAGGAUCCUGGUGGAGUGUGUGUUCAGUGUGUGUGUUUUGUGUGAAAGUGUGUUGGUGAUGAAAGGCCGUUUUGAAUUGUUGCAUAAAGGAAUUUGACUUUGUGAUUUUUACAAUGAAUAUUUAUUUGGAGAUCUCUUAGGGGUAAUUUAAAAGAUGUAUAAUUUCCUUGUAUUUAAUGAAAUCUCUUGUCAAUGUACUAAUAAACCUUGGUUUACAACAUCUUGAAUACUUGAUCACUGAAAAUUAAGAAAAAAAAAGUAAAAAAAAAAAAAAAGAAUAAAGUGUGUUAGAUUGAAGUUAGUUUGUCUCUGAGCUCUCUCUUGUUGGACAGCAGAGUCUUCUAAGGCAUCCAAAACUUUUUGGGUGAGAGGAGGAGGGAGGCAGAGGAGCUCCGGAAAUAACAGUAUGAGUCAGGGACUGGAGCACAAAGUGGUUAUUU